CUGGCAGGUGUCUCCUCUCCAACAAGUCAUCCCACAGUAGUAGCGGUCAAAGAGGGCGCGGUUCGUCUCGCCUCCUCUCCUGUAAAAGGUCGAAAGGAACCUCUCGAGGCAGAGCAUCUCAGAAGAUUAGCGGAAAAAACUGAUACCAAUGAUCUUUUGCAGCCCCGCAAUCUAGUAAUGUUUUUUUUAGCCCUUUCGGGCUUUCUUAGAUUUUUGGAGUUGUCGCUUAUACGCCCAAAAGACAUUGUUUGGCGAACGAUUUAUUUCCGUUUUUAUUUAAAAGAGUAAGGCUGAUCAGCUGAGGGAAGGGCAGUCAGUUGUAAUCGCCGAGUCGCGCUCCAGUACGUGUCCUGUUGCCUUGUUAAUAUUAUAUUUUAUGUCAGCUCAGCUUUUGUUCGAUUCAGACCAGUACCUGUUUAGACCUAUAUCUGCCUCCCGUAAUUGCAAACGUGUAGUCUCCGUUUACAAGGCCAUUAGCUAUUCAACCUACAAGGAGUCGUUCAAGACGUCUUUUCAAGGCAUCGUAGCGGGCAUUUCUAAGUUCAGUACUCACUCUGCCACUUCAGCAGCAAACUCUGUUAUUUCCGAGAGAAAUCUC